CGAAAGGUGCUAAGCAAGGCAGAGGAACUUGACCGGCUAUUACAAGCCAGAUCAACAGCUGGGUAUAGAUUGAAUGAUACUAGCAAAAUAGUGAUAUGUCUGAACCUGGCUGCAUCGAACUUUAACCUUGCUUUGGAUCAAGAGACAGCUAUCAGGUAUUCAGGAAUGAAAGAACGAAGUUACAGUAGCAGUCGUAAAAUCAUACAAAGUUAACUUGAUAUCAAUGAUGAGAAUUUGUCCUUAUCAGCACUAUGUCUGAUAUUACAAUGUACAGGAGCUAAAUCUCUUGCUGAAGAUAUAUUACAGGAGUAUCAGAAAUAUUCCAAAAAGGAUGUCGAACCAAGUUUACCACACUAUGUUUGUAUGGCAGUGUAUCAAUCUUGCAGACUGAAGAAGAUUAAAAUUGCCAAGAGUAAAAUCAUAGAGAAAUCUAGGCUUCAUUCGAAACAGUGGAGCAAGUUAGAUACGGAGUGGACAAAGUUUUUUGAUGAAAAAUUUGCCAACAGUAAAGAGAGAUCUGAAAAAGAUGUUGCGGUCACUGAUGACAAAACAUUUAGUACUAGUUCAAGUUCGAUACAGAAAAAGCCAGAUGAGAUAAAAAAUGAGUCAUAUGAAGAUUGGAUACGUUUUAUGCUCGAAAUAAAUAUAAACAUAUAAAGAACUGGAACGAAUGGAAAGGGAAAAAGAGAAAAAUUAUAGUUUAAGUGCUGAGGAGGAUUUAGUAUCUCCUAAAAAAUCACCUCGUAAAACCUCACAGAAGACUGCACUAAAUUUUUCACCUUGCAAAACUCCAAGGAGGUCAUUAACUGACACGCCUCAAGGUAGCCUGCACGUCGAACGGGAGCCAGAAGUAGCGGACAUGGCUCUCGUGUUAAAAGACCAGUGACGACAUAACACGUGCAUUACGUAUGACACCAGCAAGAAAUAGUAUGACCCUCCACUAAUUGUUAAGUUCAUAUAUAGUUUAUAAUAUUGUAUUGACGGAGCCCAUUUGUUAAAACUCCGCAACACAAAUGAUCUGAGAAUUCACUCCUUACGUUAUAUUAUUAGGUUUGGAAAUUGUCAUAUAUUUAUAACGUUUCGUUAUUUACUUUAUGCGAGUAAGAGUGUUAUAAUAUUUUAUCGUGAUGCUGAGUAACGGCGUGUGUACUUACUGAUGACUUUGCACCGACACACGCUUAACUAGCACACAGAAUCGCUGCAACUGACGAAACGAGCAAUUGCAUAAGUUGUUAAAUUUUUAAUAAUGUUUAGGAGUAUCAAAAAGUCGUCUCGUGUCUGUAAAUAGCGAUAUUAUUGUAAGUUGAAAUGUAUAAUGUAAUGUAAUCAUGUGUAAAAGUUACAAUUACAACAUGUACCGUACAAGUAAAUGUAAUACACUAUGUGUCAGGGUUGAGCCUGAAGGUGUAUGAAAGGAGACCCAAGUGAUAGACGGGAGCGUUCAUUGUUUGUUAAACAUAAUAUCGGGAUAAGACUGAUGUGACAGGGACACAGAUAACUUCACUUUAUUAUCGUCAGCGGUUAUUGAAACUGAGUCUAACAUAGUUGUAUUACGUUUUAAGUAUUAUUUUAAGUUUGAUCACUGUUAUAAAGUAUGAAGUAAGUACAAGUUAUACAUCCAACUUAUAUAUACAUCGACAUUUGAUUGAAGUGUGGGCCGCUGUAAUAAAUGAUGUCACACUAUUUCUUUAUUUUUAUAGCGAAUGAGCCUUUUUUUGUUUAUAAAACUUUAUAGGUUGAACACAACCAGUGUGUUUAUUUUAUUUUUCCUUUAUCGGUGAAAUUGGUGUAGUUUCACUUUUUAUUUUCUAUUUUCAUGAUAAUAAAACAUAUAAA